AUGAAAUCGAAAAGAUUAGACUCAGGCUUACGUCGUUCCCAGCUUCCUGAUGAAAUCCUCCAAGAUAUCUUUCUGAGGUUGCCCCUCAAAUCUUUGGUUAAUCUAAUAGCAGUGUGCAAGUCAUGGAACUCGCUCAUCAAAACCUCUGCAUUCAUUCAGGCCCACCGAAAUCGUAACCAACAUCAAAACCUUCUGCUGACAAAGGUCGCCUCAGUCAAAGAACCAGGGAAAAAUGUUUCUCACGAUCGCCAUCUUUUCUAUUUGCAUCGGGAUGAACCUCCAUUCCCUGUGUAUAGAUGUUACAAGCAGCUAACUCAUCCAUUUGAAUCUUAUAACAGAUUGCAUGCAACAUCCGCCAAGGACAGAUUAGAAAUCACAGCAUAUGAUGAGAUCCAAACUUGCAACGGCCUAGUGUUUCUCGCUUCUGGGCUCCGAUUUUACAGUACCACCUUGCUUUGGAACCCUUGCAUUAGAAAGUCUGUGACGCUGCCCCGGCUAAUUGAUAAAAGACCUAGUGAGGUUGAUAGGAUUUCAUAUGGCUUUGGCUAUGAUUUGUGCCCCGAUGAUUAUAAAGUUUUGAGAAUUGUAAUGUAUAAGCGUAAUAAGCCUAAUACAGAACGGAAGACCUCAUACGAGAUUUGGUCUCUAAAGCGACCCUCCUGGAGGGGUCUUAGUGUUCUUCCUCCCGUAGACGACUCUGAUCCCAGGUGGCGUUCCCCCAUCUUUGUUCGUCGUGCUGUUCAUUGGGUGCAUCACCGUGAGGGAUCAAGGAAUCGACCCAUCGUUUCGUUCGAUAUGUCAAAUGAAGUAUUUGGUGAGAUAAUGCUUCCUGAAGUCAUGAGGAAUAAGAGACGCCCCAUGGUAAUUUCAAGAUACGGGAACUGCUUAGAAAUUUUGCAGUGGGAUGAUCUAGGGCCUCUGAAUAGUGUUGACAUGUGGUUAAUGAUGGAGUAUGGUGUGGUCGAAUCUUGGACUAAAUUGGUGACGGUUAAAUUAGUGCCAACAUCCUUUGAAAGGCUUGGGUUUAGAAACAAUGGUGAUGUUGUGAUCAGAAUCAGAAGCAGAAACAAUCCUAAUGGAGUUACGGAAAUAAAGGAAUACGAGCAGAAAUUGUUGAGUCCGGUUAGCGUGGACAUGGUUGAUUUUUCCUUGGGCGGGUUCUGGGAAUACUUACUUGUGAAGCCUUUUGAAGAAACUCUUGUCUUGCUUGACCACCCUUCAGCAAUUUCAUCCAGCUUAUAG